GAAAACUCUCCUGAACCACACUAAACUAAACUCAAACGACUUUCCUUUCGCUAGUCAACCAGAGUUUCUCUCGGUAUCAACGCACCUCAACUUCUAUUCACCUCUUACACUUCGCGCAGUAAACAUUUAUUCAAGACCGCGCGGCAAAUACAAUUCGAACAAAAUUUCACGCAAACCCUGGACCAUAAAAGCAACUACAAGACCCAACAAGAAAGAACCACACAAAAUGGACCGCUGGUAUGGAAAACUCGCGAUUGUUACUGGUGCAUCAUCGGGGAUUGGUGCUGCUGUGGCUGAAGCAUUGGUUAAGGAAGGAAUGGAGGUUGUAGGAUUGGCCCGCCGUGUAGACAAAAUGGAGUGCCUCGCCAAGCGCCUCUCCCACCACCCCGGCAAACUCUACCCACGCCGCGCAGAUGUAACCAAAGAGGGCGACAUUGUCGAGAACUUCAACUGGGCCAUAUCCUCUCACGGCCCCGUGCAUAUCCUAAUCAACAACGCAGGCGUAGCACGCCCCACGGAUAUCAUCGGCGGAGACACACAGGACUUCAAACGUGUGCUGGAAACCAAUCUGCUUGCAUUCGUGAUUGCUGCGCGCGAGGCAUGUCAGAGCAUGAUCGACAAUGGCGUCGAUGGGCACAUCAUCAACAUCAACAGCAUCGUCGGCCAUUACGUGCCGAUCAUUCCGCUGAUCAAUGUUUAUCCAGCAGCGAAACAUGGCGUCACUGCUUUGACAGAAACACUGAGGCAGGAGUUAUUCAGACAGGGGAAGAAGAUUAAGGUUACGAGUGUGAGUCCAGGUUAUGUCAAAACAGAGAUUUUGACAGCGAAUGGUUUCAUGAAAGAGGAAGAUGUCGUUAGUAUCGAGGCAGCGUCGCCAUAUUUAAACAGCACGGAUGUUGCGGAUGCUGUUUUGUAUGUUUUGGGCACACCAGAAAAUGUCCAAGUGACGGAAUUGACGAUUCGCCCUGUAGGUGAAGCUGUUUAA